ACUCCUCCGACGCCGGUGUCCGGGCCGCUUCCCCCCUCAAGGUGACCGCGCCGAGUCCUCCCGCGCCGCAGAGGGCGCUGCCUCCCUCCGUGUGACUUGGGGCGUCUCUGGCUCGCAGCUUCUUGCUCGUCAUCCGGGUUGCCGCGGCGCAGACCGACUGGAGCCCCGCUUCUCCUCCUUCUCUGGUCAGGACAAGACGUAGCGGGCGAGGGCAGCCGGGCCUUGGGCCGGGCCCUGACUGAAGCAGCGGGCGGUGGGCAGCGGGGCUCGCGAGCCGCAUGAGUGGAUGGAGCCGGGCUCUGGGCUGCAGCGGAGGGGGCCGGGGCUCGGCGGCGGCGGCGGGCUGGGCUCGGCCGGCGGCUCCCCUGCGCUCUCGGGGCCUCAGGGCCGCCGCAGGAAGCAGCCGCCGCGCCCGGCCGACUUCAAGCUGCAGGUGAUCAUCAUCGGCUCGCGGGGCGUCGGCAAGACCAGCCUGAUGGAGCGCUUCACGGACGACACCUUCUGCGAGGCCUGCAAGUCCACCGUAGGUGUUGAUUUUAAAAUCAAAACAGUAGAGCUAAGAGGAAAGAAAAUUAGAUUACAAAUCUGGGACACAGCAGGUCAGGAAAGAUUCAACAGCAUUACCUCAGCUUAUUACAGAAGUGCCAAGGGUAUUAUAUUGGUGUAUGAUAUCACAAAGAAGGAGACAUUUGAUGAUUUGCCAAAAUGGAUGAAAAUGAUUGACAAGUAUGCCUCAGAAGAUGCUGAGCUACUACUGGUUGGAAAUAAGUUAGACUGUGAAGUGGACAGAGAGAUCAGUCGGCAACAGGGAGAAAAAUUUGCACAGCAGAUAACUGGGAUGCGGUUUUGUGAAGCUAGUGCCAAGGAUAAUUUUAAUGUGGAUGAAAUAUUUCUGAAACUGGUUGAUGACAUUCUAAAAAAGAUGCCUUUGGAUAUUAUAAGAAACGAAUUGUCCAACAGUAUCCUGUCCCUACAACCAGAGCCAGAAAUCCCACCAGAACUGCCGCCUCCAAGACCUCAUGUCCGUUGUUGCUGACCGGCUGCUUCAUCCAGUGUGCAAAUGAUAAGUGGGAGGAGGGAAAGGUGAAGGGGGGCAGGAAGCACCUGUCUGACUCUGCACUUACAAUCAUGUGGCAGUUCCUUGUUGCACUUUGAUUCAGAGUCAGAGCUAUACACUAAUAUGUAAAUAUGCAAGCCUGGGUAGGAUUCAGCUGUAGCUGGUUAAAUAUUGCCCUUCCCACAAGUGGUUUUUCACUCCCCUUUCCCAGUGCUAUAAAUAUUGUACAUUUGGCUGGGAAACGCAGCACUCCCAAACCUAGGAUGUAAGAAAUUAAAUCCAUACUUCACUUAUUCUGAACAUAAAUGUUGUAAUGGUCCUUGAUAUAAACAGAACCUCUCCUAGUAUAUGGUGCUUUGCUAGCUUUUUCUAAGAUAAUUUUUAAAUUUUUGACUUUCUAAAGCUUUCUUAAGAAGCAUUGUUUCCCACUUACAAAUUCAAAAUAAAAGUGUUUACUGUAGCAUUUUAAAAUGACUGACAGCACAAUCCUGUAUAUGAUUGCUCAGAAGUGAGACCCACUGUGUUUAAGAGGGCUCACUCCCAGGUAAGUAUGCCUAGGAUUGUAGCCAGAGAAUGAAGUUUGCCAAGUAUUGGUGCUAUACACAAACCAUUCAUUUCAAUGGGGCUAGUAUAUGUGGUUCUAUGCAAGCAUCAUUGAAAUGAAUAGAUCGUAUAGCAGCAGGAUUCAGUGUAUUGAGCCCCAAACACACAAUUGACAUUUCCGGCAAUUCUUUAUUAUUUAUUAUUUUUAAUGCUAGGUCAUUUGUGUGUAUGUAUGUGUGUGCGCGCGGAGGCACUAUAUUCUGUGCAGUUUAUAAAGAAUGAAUUGCCAACUUGCACAGUUAGUUUCCUCAAAUAUAAAUUAGCUAGCAAUCGGGUUCUGUAAGAUACAAAAAAAAGAGAUAUAUUUGAAACCUAAAAUAGAUAUAUAUAUAAGGCAUUGCUGCUGUCCUAGACACAUUCUUUUUUAAAUCAUUUUUAGGACAAGACAUUUCCUGUCUCAUAUAUAUGUAUUUGUCUGAACAAAUUGGGGAGACAUCUUUGUUACAAUAUACUCUUUUCUAAUAGGUGAGCUUAUUCCCAUCAAAUAUGCUGUACUAAAGGAUUUUUUUUAGUCUGAAUCAGUUUGUGAACCAUAUCUUUCUGGUAUAUCUUUUAUUAAAACUGCACUGUAUAGUUUAGCUGUGGUAAACCAGUAGCUACAUAUUGGAAUAACUUGAUGUGUCCUAAAUGUUGUUGUGGUAUUGAAAAGCAUUGUCAUUCUAAACUAAUGAUGUGCCAAUAAAAUUUUGUAUUUAUGAAUGACAAUGGAACUGCAUCUCUUAUUAGAAUGCCAAAAAUCAAAUGUUGGCCAAAAAGGACCAUUUUAGGAGAAAUUUUUUUAAAAGUGACUUUCUAGUUUAUAAAAACAGGACUGAUGUGUUGACUUCUAGCUUAAUCCUAAGCAUGUUUAUUAGGAAGCAAAAGUUGCUUCCGCUAAAUGAUUAGGACUGUAGCCCCAGUCAAACGUGCAUCCUACAUUGCCAGUAAGACUUGCUUAUUGAAAGUGUCUCAGCAGGCUGUAGCAAAACUAGUGAUAACUCAUGGAACAUAAAAUAAGAGUUACUGGCUUUCAAACUCCAAAUUGCCUCCUCUUUAUUUUUCAGUGCCUGAGCCUCUGUUCUAUAUACUAAGCAAUUAGUCUGACCAGCAGUGUGUUCCACUGGCUUUCCUGGCAUUUUGACCUCAGGUUUCAGGGAGGAACUAAGAAUGUUAAAUAAUUGGUUGCAGUUAAAUAUAUGAUAUUUCUACUGAUCUUGGUAUACCUCUUUGGAUCAUUUUAGUUUCAACUAAUAAAAGAUGCACAAUUGAAAUGUAUACUUAUUUCUGCUACCACAACGUGCCUAUACAAAUGUCAUUCUUCUCUCACAAAAUAUCCUUGAGUACUGGCUAGGCGAAGUUUGCCAUUUUUGUAGCACUGGUAGGGCUUGUAAUAAUGCUGUGGGCAAUAACAGGGGAAAGGAACCUUUGGGACAGUAAGUUUAAACUUGACAAAUAUUUAGGUGAUUUUCCUGUAUUUCAAAGUCUGUUUUUUGCUUUCAGUUCUUGAAUAAAAAUGUAAGAAAACAA